AUGAGUGUCUUUUAAGGUUUUAACUUUGAAACAGUUUAAAGAAGAAACGCUUAACCCUAAGCAACUGAUAGACAAAGAAAGCUUAAGUUUUAACUGAAAAUUUGUAAAUUUGAGCAUUAUUAAGCAGCAGUGCUUAAUAAUGCUAAAAGUGUUGAAGCCUUCGUUAGAAGUACCCUUGAAAGCGACGUCUCAUAAAAUCUAGGAGGUUAUUAUAAAAUGGCAAAUAUUAACAUGAAGGAGAGAAUCUUAGAAUGCAUUCAAAAUUUAGUUCAAAGUAGAACUUUGCAAGCAAGUUCUUAAAAAAUUCUUGAGUAGCAACUUAAAAACAUCCUCAACAACUAGUUAGUGUAAAAGAACAUAGUAUAAGAAUAAACAAUGGCUGGUGGCAAUAAAGAAUAAGAAGAAAUUACUCCUUAAACUUAAAAAUAGGGAUCUAUUGUACUUUUAUCAUGUACUCAAGAAAUCUAGUCUCAAUAAAAUCCAAUUGAAGGUCUCAAUGAAGAGGAAGCUGAUGCAAGCAAAACAAAGCUUGGUAAACGUCCACGAUCUUAGCAAAAAGAUAGUAAUCAUUAAAAUAAAUUAGAUGAGUUUGAGGACUAAUCAACAGUUUCAAGCCUAUAACUUCAAAAAAGACUCUCCAACGGGUAGGUCAUUCAUUGA